UCAGUUCAACUUCAACUUUGGCAAGGUGCGCGGCCGUGUGCGGAAUUCGCUCGUUCAUUUCUUUAUUCGCUGCCGAGAACUUUUUCGGAUGCUCAUUUGCAUGCGCUGGCCGUGCGCUGCUUGACUUUAACCGACCGAUUUCGAAUACGGUACGCAUAUGUGCCGCCCUAGCCCCGCUUUUCCAAAUUAUCCACCAACGAGCACAGUUCGCUGCUAACGCCAACAAACGUUGUCCAAACGUCACCUUCCCGGGUCACGCUAACGGUACCCGCAUCGGAAAAGAAAUUCAAACAGUUUUAGUUCCCAACUGAAGAUGGAGACGGGCCUGCACGAACGAGAUCGUGCUGGAGUCCAGGACUUUGUGCUCCUCGAGAACUACCAGAGCGAAGAAGCUUUCAUCGAGAAUCUGAAGAAGCGGUUCCAGGAGAAUCUGAUUUAUACCUACAUUGGCCAGGUGCUGAUCUCCGUGAAUCCGUACAAGCAGCUGCCCAUCUACUCCGAAGACCAUGUCAAGGCGUACAGGAACAAGCACUUCUACGAGAUGCCCCCACACAUCUUCGCGGUGACGGACAACGCAUUCCGUUCGCUGAUCGAGGAGAACCGCGGCCAGUGCGUGCUCAUCUCCGGAGAGAGUGGUUCCGGCAAGACGGAGGCCUCCAAGAAGGUGCUGCAGUUCAUAGCCGCCUGCUCCGGCAACCAGACGACCGUCGAGGGCGUCAAGGAUAAGCUGCUGAAGAGCAAUCCCGUGCUGGAGGCCUUUGGCAAUGCCAAGACGAACCGGAAUGACAACUCCUCGCGCUUCGGCAAGUACAUGGACAUCCAGUUCGAUUUCAAAGGAGCUCCGGUCGGAGGCAACAUCCUCAACUACCUGCUGGAAAAGUCGCGAGUGGUGGCUCAAAUGGGCGGCGAGCGCAACUUCCACAUCUUCUACCAACUGCUGGCCGGUGCCGACGAGGCCCUUCUGAAGGAACUGCGUCUGGAGCGGGCUCUGGACACAUAUAGCUACCUCACGGACGGGCCCAAUGGCACUGUGACGAGCAUUGACGAUGCGGACAGCUUUAAGCAGGUCCAGCAGGCCCUCACUGUGAUCGAUUUCAGCAAGGAGGAGCAGCGCGAGAUCUUCGGGAUCGUGGCCAGUAUUCUGCAUCUAGGAAACAUUGGUUUCAGUGAGGUGGAGGGCAAUGCCAAGGUGAACAGCCGGGAUCUGGUGGUCACCGCUGCUCGUUUGCUGGGCGUGAAUGCCAGCGAACUGGAGGCCGCCUUAACGCACCGUACCAUUGACGCUCGGGGGGAUGUGGUAACCUCACCACUGAACCAGGAGCUCGCCAUCUAUGCCAGGGACGCCUUGGCCAAGGCUGUCUACGAUCGACUGUUCUCGUGGCUGGUCCAACGCCUCAACAUCUCGCUGCAGGCGAAGGAAACGCGGGCGUCCAGGAACAAUGUGAUGGGCAUUCUGGACAUCUAUGGCUUCGAGAUCUUCCAGAAGAACAGCUUUGAGCAGUUCUGCAUCAAUUUCUGCAACGAGAAGCUGCAGCAGCUGUUCAUCGAGCUAACCCUGAAGUCGGAGCAGGAUGAAUACCGCAGGGAGGGCAUCGAGUGGAUACCUGUGGAGUACUUUGACAACAAGGUGAUUUGCAACCUGAUCGAGGAGAAGCACAAGGGCAUCAUCUCCAUACUGGACGAGGAGUGCCUGCGACCAGGAGAUCCCACGGAUAAGACCUUCCUUGAGAAGCUCACCCAGAAGUUGGCCCAGCACCACCACUAUGUUUGCCACGAAAAGGCGCCCGCCCACAUCAAGAAAAUCAUGCUGCGCGAUGAGUUCCGCUUGGUCCACUAUGCCGGCGAGGUCACCUACAGUGUCAAUGGGUUCCUGGACAAGAACAACGACCUGCUGUUCAGAGAUCUGAAGGAGACCCUAAGCAAGGCUGGCAACAGCAUUGUGAGGAGCUGCUUCCCGGAGAAGGAGCUCCGCAGCCUGAAGCGUCCCGAGACGGCUAUCACCCAGUUCCGCGCUUCGCUGAACAACCUCAUGGACAUCCUGAUGUGCAAGGAGCCGAGCUACAUUCGCUGCAUCAAGCCAAACGACCUGCAGACUGCCAACGUCUUCAACGAUGAGUUGGUGCUGCACCAGGUCAAGUACCUUGGGCUGAUGGAGAAUCUGCGUGUGAGGCGAGCUGGUUUCGCCUACAGACGUACGUAUGAGCUCUUCCUGGAACGCUACAAGUCGCUGAGCAAGUCCACCUGGCCCAAUUACAAGGGACCUGGUGGCCCGAAGGCGGGAGUCCAGCAGCUGGUGAAAGAUUUGGGCUGGGACGAGGAGAAGUACAGGGUGGGCGAGACGAAACUCUUCAUCCGCUGGCCGAGGACCCUGUUCGAUACGGAGGAUGCCUACCAGGAGAAGAAACAUCAAAUAGCGGCCAUCAUCCAGGCCCACUGGAAGGGAUUGAUGCAGAGGAGGAAGUACCAGAAACUGCGUGCUCAGGUGAUCAUCCUGCAGAGCUACUGUCGCCGGCGGUUGGCCCAGCAGGCGGCCAAGAAGCGCAGGGAAGCCGCCGAUAAGAUUCGUGCCUUCAUCAAGGGCUUCAUCACCAGGAACGAUGCCCCGAAUGGGUUCAACGAAGAGUUUAUUGCCAACGCUAAGCGGAUGUGGCUACUCCGACUGGCCAAGGAGCUGCCCACCCAGGUGCUGGAUAAGAGCUGGCCCCAUGCCCCCGGACACUGCGAGGAGGCAUCCGGCAUCCUCCACCGCCUGCACCGCCUCCACUUGGCCAGGAUCUACCGCCUGCAACUGACGCCGCAGCAGAAGAGGCAGUUCGAGCUAAAGGUCCUGGCGGAGAAGGUCUUCAAGGGCAAGAAGAACAACUACGCGAGCAGUGUGUCCUCCUGGUUCCAGGAGGACCGCAUCCCCAAGGAGCACAUCCAGCGAGUCAACGACUUCGUGGCCAGCACCUUCGGUAGCGAGCAGCUUAAGUACCAGUCCUUCUGCACUAAGUUCGAUCGCCACGGCUACAAGUCCCGCGAGCGCUUUAUCCUGCUGAGCAACAAGGCUGUCUAUGUCCUAGACGGGAAGACCUACAAGCAGAAGCACCGCCUGCCGCUGGACAAGAUCGACUUUACGCUGACGAACCACAACGACGACCUGAUGGUCAUCCGGAUACCGCUCGAUUUGAAAAAGGACAAGGGCGACCUGAUUCUGAUCAUUCCGCGCAUCAUUGAGUUCAGCACGUAUAUCAUUGACACCGUGGGAACAGCAUCCAUCGUCUCCAUUGUGGACAGAAAUUCGUUGGAGCACAACGUGGUCAAGGGCAAGGGCGGCGUCAUCGACAUCCAGACGGGCGCUGAGCCCGGAGUGGUUCGUGAUAAGGGCCAUCUAGUUAUCAUUGGAACGCAAUAAGGAAUUUACUAUGACUUUCUACAGAAAAGUGGCUUUAAAUCAAAAGACCUUUGUUUUGUUAUAUUCGUGUAAUUUAUAGUGUAACUAUGUAUUUUUGUUACUGCAGCGUCUGAGAGUUGUGUAUUCGGAUUUUAUAUGACUAAUGUUCCAACUAAAUGUAUAUUGUUUAUUAAAUAUAUAUAAAUAUAUUACAAUUUGU